AUGCAUGAAAUAUGCCGCGAUGGCAUCAUCGGAAUCGCUUCCAGAGUCCAUAAUAGGAAUUGCAAGCGUGGUGUACUUGCCAAGUUGAUAAUUCCCAAACAGGAGCCUACAUGUUAUGGAGAGCGGGCAAGUGACGAGCAAAAGUUGCGGCCAAUUGUGGAACGGACGCGUGCAGUAGCUUGCUUCUUUGCGCCAAAUGUAUUUCUACGACAGACUUGUAGCCUAAUUGGGUUGAACCUGAAUAUGAUAGAAGUAUCGUGUUACAGGCGCGGUGAGGUUCAUCUCUGA